AUGCUAUGUACCAAUCCUGGGUUCCGUCCAUCCUACGCAUUGAAAGUUUACGGAUCUUGGCAUCAUGAAGAGCUGUUGGUGCCUGGAAACUCAACAGGGGAAGUGUUUCCUUUGUCUUGCCCCAACUCUCAACAUGCCUGGUGCCAGAUCCUCAACGUCUCGGAGCUACAAGCUUCUUUUUUUGUCUAUUCGGGGAGAUACCCCAACGAAACGGUGCUGAAUGUUUCCACUCCCCAAGGAAGCAAAUACAGCUUAUACCUAGGUGUCGCACUGGCCAUCGGCUCCAGUAUCUUUGUGGGCUCCAGUUUUAUAUUGAAGAAGAAGGGCCUUUUGCAAAUGGCUGCAAAAGGUUUCACUAGAGCUGGAGAAGGGGGCUAUUCGUACCUCAAAGAAUGGUUAUGGUGGGCUGGAUUGCUUUCAAUGGGAAUAGGAGAAGCUGCCAACUUUGCUGCAUAUGCCUUUGCCCCGGCAACUUUGGUCACUCCAUUGGGGGCACUAAGUGUCCUUAUAAGUGCGAUAUUGUCUUCCUAUUUCUUGGAUGAAAAGCUCAACAUUCACGGAAAGAUGGGCUGCGUGUUAAGCAUUCUGGGGUCCACCGUGAUGGUUAUCCAUGCUCCUGAAGAGGAACAAAUCACAUCAUUGGAUGACAUGGAAAUCAAACUGAAAGACCCAGUCUUCAUUGUGUUUGCCGCCGUUGUAAUUCUGACCUCGCUGGUACUUAUUUUUGUUGUCGCUCCACGUUUUGGGCAGACCAAUAUACUGGUCUACAUCUCCAUCUGUUCCCUGAUCGGGGCUUUUUCCGUCUCCUCCGUCAAAGGCCUGGGCAUCGCUAUUAAGGACAUGCUCUAUCAGAAGCCAGUCUUCCGAAAUCCGCUGCUCUAUGUUUUAGCCGUCAUUUUGGUGCUGGCCGUCAGUACUCAAAUCAACUACCUCAACAAGUCAUUGGAUGUGUUUAAUACGUCUCUGGUCACCCCCAUUUAUUAUGUGUGCUUCACCACCACAGUGGUGAUCUGCUCCGUGAUCCUCUUCAAAGAAUGGAACAGCAUGGAACUUGGAGAUAUCGUCGGGACCUUGAGUGGAUUCUUCACCAUCAUCAUUGGCAUUUUCUUCCUCCACGCUUUCAAAAAUGUCAGCAUUACCUGGAACCAGUUGGCGGCUUCCGUUAAAAAAGAACCCAGUUUGCCUCUGCACGCUUAUGAGUCUCAUCACACUUUGUUGGAAAAUAUGGACGCUCCCCUUUCGAUAUGCGAUGAGGAUAAUACUCUGUUCAGCCGAGGGAACGAACGACAGUAACUAACGUUGAAGUCAUCUCUCACGGUUUACCGCCCACCAGAACAAUAUCAUCAUCUUCAACUAUCCCAGAAUUUGGAGGAACAAAAGGGAGACUUGCCAUUUGCAUUUGGGUUAGAAAAGGAAAUUAGAUCAUUUUGGCAUUUUGGUAUUGACAAGCUGCAAAAGUCACCGAUAGCAGAAAUUCUGUUGAAGUGAUGACUAUAGUUUGUAGUAAACUGAAUUGCAUAUGUAAAUGUGUUUUCUAAAUCGUAUUUUAUAGCUUCACUGUUUUAAAAUGAGAUUUUUUUCCCCCGAGGGCUAAGUGGGGGGUAAAACCAAGGCUUUUUCUAAUGACCAGCAUGUUAGUAAAUUGGAAGUUUUAAUUUAUUCUAGUUUCCCACGUAGGAAUUUGCCAAAGAGAGCUACUCUUUUUUUAGGUUUAACUUCCAGAAACAAAGUUUAAAAUCUGAGUACAUUAAAUGAAAACAGUGCCAGAUAGCAGUGAGUUAACUCCCAACCAAGAAAUCCUUACAAUAAAUGCAUGAAAUCUGGGAAUCAACUUGGUGUACAUUAAACAUUUCUGGAAAUCUUUUAAAUUUUAUUUUCCUCAUCAAUUGCUUUUAAUUGCUCAAGAUGAUAGAUUAGCUUUGUAAGACACAUGUAUGUAUGCUCUCAAAUGUUAAAGUCUCUUUCCUUUUACACAGAAGUAUAUUGUAAUUCAGGGUUAAGAUUUAAAAAAAAAACCAUGGUGACCUUUUUGGUUAUUUUGUGAGUUGGAAAGCGAUUUUGGUUACAUGUCAAUGUCUGAACUCAAUUGAUCAGUGCCAAUAAAUUUGGUUUCAAAAUAGACUUCCAUCUGUAAACACAGGCUUGGCUGUGUGAAGAAUUUUAAUCAUCUCUUCGGUGAUUAAUAUAAACACUUUAGAUCCAAAACUGCUUAAGAAAGAAAGAAACAGCUAGACAGGUUUGAUUACACAGAUAAACAUCAUAUAUUUAGCUCACAGUAACGGAUAAGAAUGGCCUGGGAUAAUACCAUCUUUUUAGCUCUGAAUUUCUCUUAUCACUUUAGUUUAUUAAGAAUUGGCAUUUGUUCCAUGAUAAGGAAACCUUUAAGGAAAUACAGGUUUUUAAUUAUUUGGAGUGGUCACCUACCGUGUGGCUCAUCUGAAAACCAUGAACAGUGAUGGUGAAGUGCCAUUCCGGGGGCGUGUGGGUGUGUUGCUUUUCUGUAUCUGUAUGAAGUUUGCUGUAACUAUUUUAAAAUAUUUAAUAUUUAAUUUUCUGAAUGGAGAAUCUUUGAAGCUUUGAUACAAUCUUGACAAAAAUGAAUAAAAAUGUUUUGAUAGUGUAUCCUACUAACAUUGGGCCAGUUUUUAUAUUUUAUAUCAUCCUAAUUUAUCUGGAGGAGCCUCCCAUGGGAAACCUGGAUACAGGGAAUCAGAUAGAGGUAGGUCCAGUUGUGGG